AUGGGGGCCUUCCAUUUCAAUCGGAGCCUUCUCUGGCUUUUUGGCCUAACUUGUCUCUUCUUGUUGUGCCAGAAUGCCCAAGCCGCAGGCUGCAGUGCUCUCGCUCCUUGUGCCACUGGCUGCUGCAACAAAUUCGGCUACUGCGGAAUAACCGAUGACUUCUCCGGUGCCGAUUGUGUCGCUAGCUGUGAUUUUGAACCAGAGUGCUCUGCUUCAAAACCCUGUGCUCAGGGAUGUUGCAACAAAUUUGGAUUCUGCGGUUUAGGACCUGACUUCUGUGGUGACGACUGUGUUGCGAACUGCGAGAGAAAGUCCGAGUGCGAUCCCGGAAAAUACGGCGAUUAUGCCGAGUCUAAGAAAUGUCCCUUGAAUGUCUGCUGCUCCAAGUUCGGUUUCUGUGGAACCACCAAGGACUUUUGCGGCACCAAGAAAGUCAAGCGUCCCUCAUGCCCAAACAAAGACAGCUUGAACCGAGUUGUUGGAUACUACGAAAGCUGGAGCGUUAAUCGCCCAUGCAACGUCUUCUAUCCUGAUCAGAUCCCAGUUGGAGUAUACACUCAUCUCAACUAUGCUUUUGCUUCAGUUGACCCCGAAUCCUUCGCGGUCCUGGCUCCCAGCGAGUCUGAGAAAAAGCUCAUGAAGAGAUUGACCGAUCUCAAGAAGGCCGACCCUGAUCUCAAAGUCUUCAUUGCCAUUGGAGGAUGGACUUUCAAUGAUCCUGGUCCAACUCGAACGGUCUUCUCCGAUAUUGCACGCUCAGAAGCAAACCAGAAGAAACAGACAUUCAUGACUGAUUACAACUUUGAUGGCGUUGAUCUUGAUUGGGAAUAUCCAACUGCAGAUGAUCGCGGUGGACGUGAAGAGGACUUCAAAAACCUCCCCAAAUUCCUCGCCAACCUCAAGAAGUCUCUUAAAGGAACAGGUGGCCGUGAUGGGGUUAGCAUAACCUUGCCUGCCUCAUACUGGUAUCUGCAACACUUUGAUCUCGAAAACUUACACAAACAUGUCGACUUUUUCAACAUAAUGUCCUACGAUCUUCACGGAAAAUGGGAUUUGGGAAACCAAUGGCUUGAUCCUGUUCUCAACUCGCACACCAAUCUGACCGAGAUCAAAAAUGCCAUGGACCUCAUCUGGCGUAACGACGUCCCCUCCGACAAGGUGGUUCUUGGAUUGGCAUUCCACGCUCGUGUUUUCUCUGCUUCGGACCCUGCCUGCAUGGACCCUGGAUGCCCCUUCGUCUCGGGUGGUAACCCAGGUCCCUGCAGUGAUGAAGUUAGCAUCCUACUCAACUCUGAAGUCAAGGAUAUCAUGAGCGAGAAAAAACUCACAUCAAAACUCGACAAAGAUGCUGCCGUCAAGAUACUCAAGUUUGACACCAAUCAGUGGCUCACAUACGACGACGAGGAAACCCUCGAGAUGAAAACCGACUUUGCGAAAUCCCAGUGUCUUGGUGGUGUCAUGGUUUGGGCAGUUUCUCACGAUCACCCAUCUGGCAACUUUUCCACUGCGUUGGCAAAAAAGACCGGCCGAAAAGUCACCUCACUAGCCUUUGACAAGACGAAGGACUCAAUGGAAGUCCAGAAGACUCAUCUCCAAUGUCGAUGGACCAAUUGCUUUGAGAGCUGUCCCAGUGGAUGGACAACUGUUGCUCGCACUGACAAGGGUGCUCGCGGGGACGAGAGGAUGUGGGAUAACACCGGAUGUGGUGGUGAUGGACAGCAUACCUUCUGCUGUCCGCCCGACUCUGAGCAGCCCAAGUGUGGUUGGUAUACGCAUAACAACGGUCACUGCAAAUCAGACUGCCCGUCAGGGUACGUGGAAGUUGGGUCGAAUUUCCAGCAUUGCAGCAACAACGACAACGACUACCAGGCUGCAUGUUGUACAACCGACACAAACAGCAUGAAGCUUUACUCUCAGUGUGACUGGGCUGGCAGUGCGCCGGGUUGUGAUAGCGGAGAGUGCCCAAGCAACAUGGAAUAUUUCCUGAACUCAACGACUGGCAGUGGUGGAAACUACUGCAACGCGAAAAGCGUCAAAUAUACCUGGAACGGCAAUGAAGGUACUUCCUGGGAGACGCGAAAGUACUGCUGCGAUGACGACGACAAGACCAAAUGGGACGACUGCGAAUGGAGAGACGACAUUGGUUUGGCGCUUGCCGAUGGUGUUGUCAAAGAUUACUGCUACAGCGGCUGUCCCAGUGACAAGGUCCGCGUCGCCAUGGAUCAACACCGAGACGGCUGCAAAGGUGACGGUGGAAAGUCCAUGUGCUGUAGCGCGAACUAUGUCACGAAGACGAAGCGAUCCUACACUGAUUCUGAAAGCCGCCUUGAGUCUAACGUGAAAGCAUUCAUGAAAAACCCAGACUGCGGCAGCGAUGCCUACAACUUCAAGCGCGAUUUGGAAAGCAUGGAAUUUGUGGGCCUCUCCUCUGGGGAAUACAACCACACAUCGGUCUUACACCGUCGUUUUGAUACCAGGCCGUAUGAGUCUAUGCGCGGUCUGAUGCUCGAUAUCGGCUUCACGCUUGUGGCAGGCCAAGCAGCCAUCGAAAUUUGGGACAAGAACGUUGCUUCUGUCUACAAGAAUUUUGCGGUCGAUAAAAUCCAGUCAUGGCUGAAGAAGAACCCCGAAUGGAAGGAAGAUGGAAUGGUCGAUUAUUCCGCCUUGAUAGUCUGCAACAUGGACAUAUUCGACGACAAGAUUGGAGGUGAAGACAGUGAGAUCAGCUGCGAAUACGCAUAUCGAUCCUGCUGUCCAGACGGACAAGAAGACUGUAGUGAUGAGGAUUCAGACGACGAUGAUGACGGAGGCAACCUCGAGGCACGGAGUUUGGAAAAGAGAGCGGGUCCCCGGCCCUCCAGAGUACCUUUCCGCAAUGGGGGUUCCCUUAACUGGGAAUCUUUCUCGUAUAGAAGCAGUGGUGAAUGGGCCGUAGGCCACCCCAUUUGGAACCAUGCAUAUGAAUAUCGAGGCGAGGCUGAAUGUCUGGAUACAACCCUUGGGAGUCAAAGGAUCACCACUGCGAGGGGCAGGCGACCCUAUUCAGGGUUCCUCAGAAACGGUUACGCAGGAAGGUUGUCAACUGGAGGACAACCCAGAAACUCUGCCCUACCUCGUCCAUUCCUGGAAGCCCUCAACACGCCUAUGCUGCGUGUUGCACCUCCAAUGGCAGGUGGGGAGGCAUCGUCAACCCCGCUCGUAAGAGUCAUGAAUGCUCUUGGAAGCAGAUCAAAUGAACAAAAUUUCAUGGUUCUCCUUCAGGGCCUAAAUUUGAUCAAAAGUCGGAUGUGGCGUGAUGCCACAAGAUAUGCGAACAUGACCACUCAAAUGGAGCUCGAUAAUCCGAACGAAGCCCUACAAAGCAUCAGAUCUGUCAUCACUGUCAUGAAUUAUCUGAAUGAUCCUCGAGUACGUCCUCGUAUGGUUGCCACUUCAAAUGAAAUCCGCAGGGAGUGGGGCCUAGUAGACCAGCAGUGGACCGCCGAUGGAAAUGAUGCAGUCUAUGCCCAGGAUUGGUGGGAUCAAUGGUUCCGAGACCGGCUUCAGCAUAUUGGAACAACGAAUACCAAUUGGGCCCUUAGCAGCAUAGCUGACAUGAGACGACUGUGGGCAGUGAGGACGGGAUCCAAUGUCGCACCUACUAUCGAGACUCUGGAUAAGAUGAAGGCGGAUGCGACGGAUAUGAAGAUUGACAUGGAUGAUCUGGAUUGA